UCUGCCACUCUCAUUUUUUUUUGAAUCAUUCAUGCUUUGUUGUUGUUCUUAGCUCUCUCUUCUCUCUCAAAAAUGGCGUACAAAUCCCUAAAUUCAAUCACCAGAUCUGAUAUCGAAGCUCUAGGAAUCUCCGGUGAUGUCUCCGAGAAGCUUCUCAAAGACCUCGAUGAGAUCAUUCACGGUUCCUCCAUGCCGCCGGAUACGUGGAUUCAGAUUUCUCGGCGAAUCCUUCACCCUAAUCUCCCUUUCUCUUUUCACCAGAUGAUGUAUUAUGGUUGCUACAAGGAUUUCGGACCCGACCCACCCGCUUGGUUACCCGACCCGAAGGUUGCUUCUUUAACUAACGUAGGCAAGUUACUAGAAAGGCGUGGCAAAGAGUUUUUAGGUGAAAAUUACAAGAAUCCAAUUUCGAGUUUUUCGAGUUUUCAAGAGUUCUCUGUAUCAAAUCCUGAGGUGUAUUGGAAAACUGUAUUGGAUGAGUUAAACAUAGUGUUUUCUGUACCUCCUAAGUGUAUAUUAGAGAAAGAUACAUCUGGAGAUAAUCCUGGAGGUAAUUGGCUUCCUGGAGCUUACUUGAAUCCUGCUAGAAAUUGUUUGACUAAUGGUUUCAAGAGAAGAUUGGAUGAUAUUGUGAUUCGAUGGCGUGAUGAAGGAAGCGAUGAUCUUCCUGUGAAUACCAUGACACUUUUGGAGUUACGAUCGCAAGUCUGGUUAGCUGCACAUGCUCUUAGUGCUUUGGAUUUGGAGGAAGAGUCAGCAAUCGCUGUUGAUAUGCCAAUGAAUGUUGAGUCUGUGAUCAUAUACCUUGCCAUUGUCUUAGCAGGCCACGUAGUUGUUUCCAUAGCCGAUAGUUUCUCUCCCCGUGAAAUAUCAACACGGCUUAAAAUUUCAAAAGCAAAAGCUAUAUUCACUCAGGAUGUGAUCAUUCGUGGUGAUAAAAGUAUUCCCCUCUAUAGAAGAGUCAUUGAUGCAGAAGCACCUCUGGCAAUUGUUGUCCCAGCUAGAGGCUCUAGCUGCAGAAUGAAGCUGCGCGAGAAGGAUUUGUCUUGGAACAACUUUUUGGGAAAGGCAAGAAAUUUGAGAGGUGUGGAAUAUGUUGCUGUAGAGAAACCAGCGGGAGCUUACACGAACAUCCUUUUCUCAUCCGGAACCACUGGUGAGCCAAAGGCUAUUCCAUGGACGAACAUUUCUCCUCUGAAAUCUGCUGCUGAUGCCUGGUGCCACUUGGAUGUUCAUCGGGGGGAUGUUGUUGCUUGGCCGACCAACCUUGGGUGGAUGAUGGGUCCGUGGCUUGUUUAUGCUUCUUUGAUAAAUGGGGCAUGCAUGGCAUUAUACAAUGGAUCACCUCUUGGUCCUACCUUUGCAAAGUUUGUGCAGGAUGCCGAAGUAACAGUUCUAGGCGUGAUACCAAGCAUUGUUCGGACAUGGCAAAACUCGAACUCUACUUCUGGCUAUGAUUGGUCACGAAUCCGUUGUUUUGGUUCCACUGGUGAAGCUUCAAACAUAGACGAGUAUCUAUGGCUGAUGGGCAGAGCACAUUACAAACCCGUAAUCGAGUAUUGUGGCGGAACUGAGAUUGGAGGCAGUUUUAUCUCAGGUUCUUUGCUUCAGCCUCAGUCGCUGGCUGCUUUUAGCACAGCUGUCAUGGGUUGCAAGCUUUUCAUUCUCGGUGAAGAUGGCAAUCCUAUUCCUCCAUACGCAGCAGGAGUAGGCGAAUUGGCUCUUUGUCCUCACAUGUUUGGAGCUUCAAGCACCCUCCUGAACGGAAAUCACUUCAAAGUUUACUUCCAAGGAAUGCCCACCUUCCAAGGACAGAUUUUACGAAGACAUGGGGAUUUAUUUGAACGGACUUCAAAAGGAUACUACCGUGCUCAUGGACGUGCUGAUGACACAAUGAAUCUUGGUGGCAUAAAGGUCGGUUCUAUUGAGAUAGAACGAGUCUGUAAUUCCGUUGAUGACAGUGUUCUGGAGACGGCAGCCAUCGGUGUUCCACCUCCUAGUGGCGGUCCUGAGCAGCUAGUAAUCGCUGUUGUGUUCAAGAGCCCAGAAAUAUCGAAACACGAUUUGAACGUCUUGAAGAAGUCCUUCAACUCUGAGAUACAAAAGAAGCUGAAUCCAUUGUUCAAGGUAUCAUCUGUUGUGACUCUGCCUUCUUUACCAAGGACGGCCACAAAUAAGGUUAUGAGAAGAGUUCUAAGGCAACAACUUACUCAGACCAGUCUAAACUCGAAGCUAUGAGGCAAUUGCUCUCCAAUACCAAAUGUUGGUUUUUGCCAUUCACAACAUUUGGUCUUUGUUGUAAAAUCCACAUCCAUGUCUGUAUCAAUAAAUGAUUCUCAAUUCACAUAAAUAAAGAGUGGAUCUAGUGUACAUACAUGUAGUGAGAUCCUUCCUUACC